CCGUAAACUAUUACGGAGUAAAACCACAGAGAAGUCCAAAUAUUUCCACUGAAAAAUGAAAAUGCUUUCUGAGAUCUUCAUCUUCUGCCUCCUCCUAUCUCCGGCGAUCGUGGCCGCUGAGCAGCCUCAGUUCGCCGUCGAUGGGACGGUAUUGGAGUUGGACGAUUCCAAUUUCGAUGCUGCCAUUUCGAAAUUUGAUCAUGUUUUCGUUGAUUUCUAUGCCCCUUGGUGUGGCCACUGCAAGCGUCUCGCUCCCGAGCUGGACAAAGCUGCUCCUGUUCUUGCUGAGCUUAAGCAGCCUAUUGUGAUUGCAAAAGUAAAUGCUGACAAAUACAGAAUUCUUGCCUCUAAAUAUGACAUCGAUGGAUAUCCCACACUAAAGAUGUUCGUGCAUGGAGUUCCUACAGAUUAUUAUGGACCACGAAAAUCAGAUUUACUUGUUAGAUUUUUGAAGAAAUAUGCUGCAUCUGAUGUAACUGUUCUUGACUCUGACUCUGCCAUUAGUGACUUCAUUGAAGAAGCUGGCCCUUUUUUUCCAAUAUUCAUAGGAUUUGGCUUGAACCAAUCUGUGGCAUUAGAUAUGGCUGUCAAGUAUAAGAAGAAAGCAUGGUUUUCUGUUGCAAAUGGUUUCUCAGAUGAAACAAUGGCCUUGUAUGAUUUUGAUAAGGUUCCUGCUUUGCUAGCCCUUCAUCCAAGCUACAACGAACAAAACAUUUUCUAUGGUCCAUUUGAAGAGAAAUUCCUCGAGGAUUACAUCAAACAGAGUUUGUUGCCUCUGGUUUUACCAAUAAAUCAUGAUACAUUAAGGUUAAUGAAGGAUGAUAAUAGAAAAAUUGCCCUUACAAUCAUGGACAAUGAGACGGAUGAGAAGUCUAAGGGAUUAAUUAAAACCUUAAAGGCUGCUGCAUCUGCAAACCGUGAUUUGGUCUUUGCUUUUGUUGGAUUCAAGCAAUGGCAAGAUUUUGCAGAGUCAUUUGAUGUUAAUAAGAAAACUCCUCUGCCAAAAAUGAUAAUCUGGGAUGGAGAUGAGGAAUACUUCACUGUAAUUGGCUCAGAGAGUAUUGGUGAAGAUGAUCAGGGAUCCCAUAUCACUCAGUUUCUGGGAGGAUACAGGGAAGGAAAUGUAAUACAGAAACACAUAAAAGGGCCAUCUUUUAUGGGGUUCAUAAACUCAAUGGUUGGGAUUGGGUCAGUUACCAUCAUUGUGUUUGUGGUUUGUGUGGUUAUGAUCAUUCAAUCUUUGAAGGAUGAACCUUUGAGUGCUGCCGGCACAAGAGACCAGGCAGAUAGUGCAGACAACUCCACAUCAGAGCCUGACGCUAGAGAAGCACAUCGCUCCGGAGAGAAGGAAGACUAAGGUUUGCUGUUCUGCAAUAAUGGAUGGAUUUAGCCUUUGGAAAUCACCCACGAGGUAUUCGAUUGGCUUCAACAUUUAUGUUUAAAUGGAGGGAUUUUAUUAUUGGAAGAGAUGGUAUCCCCGGGAGGCACAACUUCAGAAGCAAUGGAUGGAUUUAGUCUGAUCACUUUUAACAUUUUCGUCUAAUUUUCAGAAAUCGUCUGCAAUGUACAUGAUUAUAGAACAUGUAUUUUUGCACCAAAAUAUGAGAUGAUGUGAGUUGUUAAUUAUGAGUUCUGGAAGUUCAUUGAAUUGUAAACAGCUUUCCGUCGCAUUGUCACUAUUGCUCGCCAUAUUUCCUUGGUAUGCGGCAUAUCAUAUAGGCGUUGUGCAUUAUAACGUGUCUUGUAUAAGGGUUAAAUUAGAAUGUG